AUCCAUCCUGUGUUUCUGGGACCCCUACUUUUCUCUACUUUUCUCUACUUUUCUCUGUGUUGUUCUCAUCUUCUGCUGAUUUGGACUUUGGAGAGGAGACGUCAGGAAGUUCAGCACUGAAUGGAGUUUCGUUAAGAAAUUGUGCCACCUGAAAUGGAACUAAGGAUUCCUAUGAACUAGGAAAGGCUUCACCAGAGUAAUAGAGCUGAAGGGUUGACAUCCCAGGCCUGGCAUCUCUGAAGUAAAACAUGGUUGUGCCAAUGAUUCCACUGACUUGGUUGACAUCAGCAGCUGCAAUAUCCAUAGGUGCAGUGCUGUCAAGCUAAACAACUUUGCCAGUGGAUUUCAGUCAUAGUCUCAAACUGGUACUGUGAUUUCUCUUCAUUUUCUGUCCUGAGAAGGAAUUGAGAGGAGGAGGAGGAAUGGCAGUUUCUCAGUGCUCAGUGACCUAUGAAGAUGUAACAGUGAUAUUCACUCAAGAGGAGUGGACAUUAUUAAAUCCUUCAGAAAAAAAACUCUACAGAGAUGUGUUGUUGGAAAACCAUAGGAAUUUUCUCUCCAUAGGAAAAUUACUAGAGGAACAUUCCACCAACAAGCAGCAGUAUAACCACCAAGGAAGUAAACAAAGUAAUAUCAUCAAAAUUACUAAGAUCAACAAAAGAAGCCAAAAUGGUGAGAAAACUCAAGGUGGAGUAUACAACAAAGUUUUCACUUAUUCUAGUCACCUUAAAAACCACAAAAGAAUUCAUGUAGGAAAAAAGUCUUAUGAAUGUAAACAAUGUAGUAAAACAUUCAGUCAAUAUAGUUGUCUUCGGUUGCAUGAAAGAACUCACAGUGGAGAGAAACCCUAUGAAUGUAAAGAAUGUAGUAAAGCAUUCUCUCAGGCAAGUCAUCUUCGGAGACAUGAAAGAACUCACAGUGGAGAGAAGCCCUAUGAAUGUAAACAAUGUAGUAAAGCAUUCCGCCAUUGCAGAAAUCUUAGGGUACAUGAAAGAACUCACAGUGGAGAGAAACCCUAUGAAUGUAAACAAUGUAGUAAAGCAUUCAGUCGGGCCAGUCAUCUUAGGGUACAUGAAAGUACUCACAGUGGAGAGAAAAGGUAUGAAUGUAAACAAUGUAGUAAAGCAUUCAGUCGGGCCACUCAUCUUAGGGUACAUGACAGAACUCACAGUGGAGAGAAACCCUAUGAAUGUAAACAGUGUAGUAAAGCAUUCAGUCGGGCCACUCAUCUUAGGGUACAUGAAAGAACGCACAGUGGAGAGAAACCCUAUGAAUGUAAACAAUGUAGUAAAGCAUUCAACCAGGCUGGUAAUCUUAAGGUACAUGAAAAAACUCACAGUGGAGAGAAACCCUAUGAAUGUAAACAAUGUACUAAAGCAUUCAGCCAGGCCAUUAAUCUUAGGUUACAUGAAAGGACUCACAGUGGAGAGAAACCUUAUGAAUGUAAACAAUAGAAAAGACAGAAUGAAAUCAAUGGAGCCAGUACCACCUCACCAUGAUUCACUUUGGUCUGUGUUACACAAGCUCCUGCACUAAAUGUGGUCCCCAGAUCAAAUUGAUGGGGUUUGCAGUUAACAAUAUAUGGUUAUAUAUCAGCAGAGUUCAUAAUUUAAAUCAUAGGGAAACAAGUCUUUAGACUCUGAAGCAGAACUGAAGUGACCUGAGGGCACGCAGAUGAUUUGUAGUGGGCAGAAUAGGCCCAGUGAAUUGUAGUCGUGGCUUAUUUCACUGAUCAACCAGAUGAAAGAUGACAACCAUAUGACCUCACUCAAGUGGAAUCCAGAUAAGUGAGGCUCAGGAACAUGCCAAAAAGAAAGGUUAAAAAAAGAAAGAGAAAAAGAAACAAAGAGACUUUAUAAGAACUGUAAUGUUUAUCUUUGAGAAACUGGGGACAUAAAACUUUGAUAUUAGGUGUGGUGUGGAACUGUACUCUGUAACUUUACUAUCUGUCAUGCCACUAUUAAUCACAAAUAAACAUUGCAUAAAAUCA